GUUCUCCAUGCGCACCACCAGUUGCGCCGCAAACAACCCGGAACGGAACGAACAGUGAUCGAGGCCUUUAACCCAAAAGCUCAAUCGAAUUGUCCUUGACCGUAUCGCCGUCUGGGCAUCGGGGUGCUCCAUCAUGACUUCCACCAUUGGCAUACCGAUCAAACUUCUCAAUGAAGCUACAGGUCACCAAGUAACGGUUGAGAUUGACUCCGGCCAGACCUACCGCGGCAAGCUAAUUGAAGCGGAGGACAACAUGAACUGCCAGUUAGAGAACAUCAACGUUACACAACGCGACGGUCGCGUGACCCAUCUUGACCGCGUCUACAUUAGAGGAUCGCAUGUGCGAUUGUUCAUUGUGCCAGACAUGCUGCGAAAUGCACCCAUGUUCCGUCAACGAGCAAACAAAGGCCGCGGUGUGGGCUUGGCGAGAGGGCGCGCGACGGUUAACAGAGCUAGAGGCAGAGGAGGACCUAGAGGAGGUUGACCAAAGACGAGUGUCGCAGCAUUUGAGGAUAUGGCUGGACAAGCAUUGUAUGCGAACAGAGCAAAGCGAGGCGUUAACGGGACUUUUCGCAUACUAUCACAAGCAAGACGUCGGACGCGGCGUGUGCCAGGCGCAUUAGUAGACACCGUCUGUUCGACAACGCGCGGACUCAUGUAGUGUAUGAAUGAGUAGCAGUGGUGUGGUCGGCGAUAUGAGUAGCUCUAGUGAUGCUUAGCUCGCUAUUCCUUCUCCACACUCCACUCUCCG